GGUGUGGGUGAUUUGGGUUCCGGAGGAAUCGUGUUGGUCCUCAGUAUCUCCGGUUAGCCACUGCCGCCUUAUCCAGCCCUCGCCAUGUUCCUCACCCGGUCUGAGUACGACAGAGGCGUGAAUACUUUUUCUCCUGAAGGAAGAUUAUUUCAAGUGGAAUAUGCCAUUGAAGCUAUAAAGCUUGGUUCUACAGCCAUUGGGAUCCAGACGUCAGAGGGUGUAUGCCUAGCUGUGGAAAAGAGAAUUACUUCCCCACUCAUGGAGCCCAGCAGCAUUGAGAAAAUUGUAGAGAUUGAUGCUCACAUAGGUUGUUCAAUGAGUGGACUAAUUGCUGAUGCUAAGACUUUAAUUGAUAAAGCUAUAGUGGAGACACAGAAUCAUUGGUUCACCUACAAUGAAACUAUGACAGUAGAGAGUGUGACCCAGGCAGUGUCCAAUCUAGCUUUACAGUUUGGAGAAGAAGACGCAGAUCCGGGGGCCAUGUCUCGUCCUUUUGGAGUAGCACUAUUAUUUGGAGGAGUUGAUGAGAAAGGACCUCAGCUGUUUCACAUGGACCCAUCUGGAACCUUUGUACAAUGUGAUGCUAGAGCAAUUGGCUCUGCGUCAGAAGGUGCUCAGAGCUCCUUGCAAGAAGUAUGGAGAGAGAAUACAACCCUGACACACUCCCUUCCC